AUUAACUCCUAUCAUUCCUGUUGACCCACAAGAGAAUAAUCGGAAAUCGCGGCUCCGCAAGUCUGCAAUCCCUCCUUCUUGCUGGGUGUUGCUGCAUCUUAGAAAUUGAAGGUUUCUUGCUUUUGAAGAAUAUAUAUUGAUUAACUAUUGAAUAAAAUAAAGUAAGAAAUACUUAGAAAACAAGAAAGAUGGGAGAAGAUUUCGUGAUUUUAUUUCUGGAAGUUUAGCUGAAAAGGUCUUUGUCUCAGCCAGCCUCUUUUAUGAGCUGAGCGUGUUCAUCAUGGCAGAUGUGCCAGGUUAUCUGAGAGCCUGCUUGCAGACUGGGAAGCUUGCUGCCUUGGCUAUCCUAGUUUCAGGGGGGAUUGUGUUGCAAAUACUGGCUUGUGCUCUGUAUAAUAACUGGUGGCCAAUGCUAACAGUAAUAAUGUAUGUUUUGCUACCAAUGCCUUUGCUUUUCUUUGCUGGAUCCGACACUUCAUCUCUCUUUUCGGAGUCUUCUAACGGUUGGAUCGAUGCAGCAAAGUUCUUAACCGGGGUUUCAACAGUUGGAAGCAUUGCAAUACCGGUUAUUUUAAAGCAUUCCGGUAUAAUUGGUUGGGGAGCCAUGGCAAUGGAACUCUCAUCUUUUCUCGUUUUCGUGCUAGCAAUUAUGUGUUUCAUUCAAACGAGUGAUGACGAUGAUGGGUACCGUAUGUUCUGAGUGUCUCCCCAAUGGAUUGAUCUCUGUGUCGAGAGGUUUUGGUGCCUCUUUGAUUUGAAAAGUUAGCAGUUGUGAUUUGCUUCAACUUCGUCUCCUGUGCUUUGCUGUGUAAAUACAUGAUGCUUGUUGUUUGUGUAAAUAAAUGUGAUGAUUUUAAUUGUAAAGACAAGGAUGUAUUUGAAAAUUAAAUCAUUUCUCUAUUCCGUUCAAA